AUGGCGGCAGAAACCGAAAGUUUGAAGGAAAUCAUAUAUGAUAAACUACUAUCAGUUCGGGACCGUUUAAUGCAAGCUCAUGCCGAUUUGGAUAUGAAUGACGUAUUGGAAAUUCUUGAGGUUCUAAUGGAAUGCGUUGUCUUAUUGGAUUCGUGUGAUAGGGUUUCUGAACAGGUUUUUAACUUUUUAAUGCAAGCUCAUGAUGUGUUGUCUAGGAACAUUAACAUUCACAGAGGCAUAAAUGAAAGCAGAUUGAAUAACGUUGACUCAGUAGGUCAACCUUCGUUUAAUAUUUCAAAAGAGCAGAUUGAAUAUCUACCAUUAGAUAUUGCAACUUUUCAGUGGCAGAUAUGAGCGAUAUCCUGAAAGUAUCAAAACGAACUGUAGAACGACGCAUGAGUGCGAUCUUACAGGAAUGAAUAGAUUUACAGCAAUAGCUGAUGAACAGUUGGACAAUGCUGUGAGAGACAUCAAAAGUACCUCACCUGAUUGUGAUUCAAAACUUCUUGCUGGAUAUCUGCGGGCAAUGCAUAUAAAUGUUCAAAGAAGCCGCAUUAGGGAGUCACUUACUCGCGUCGAUGCUUUGGGAAUAGUUGCUAGAUGGUGCAGGACAGUCCAUCGUAGAGUGUACAAUGUUUCCCGUCCUUUUGCUCUGUGGCACGUAGAUGGAAACCACAAGCUUAUCCGCUGGCGCUUUGUGGUGCAUGGCUGUGUCAAUGGAUAUACUCGUAUACCCGUGUUUCUGAAAUGCAGUAACAACAACAAAGCAGUCACUGUUCUUAACCUAUUUACACAGGCUGUCGAUGAUUGGGGUCUCCCAUCGCGACUAAGAUGUGAUAAGGGUGGGGAAAAUGUGGACGUUGUCCGCUACAUGCUUAAUCACCCAAUGUGUGGGCCAGGAUGAGGUUCAGCUAUAACCAGAAGAAGCGUUCACAAUCAAAGAAUAGAACGCCUGUGGCGCGACGUGUACCAAGGUGUAUUAAAGUCUUUUUACAUCCUUUUCUAUUCAUUGGAAGAUCAUGGGAUCCUUGAUCCUGGAGAUGAAGUUGACCUAUGGUGUCUUCACUUUGUCUUCACGAAAGAAAUCAAUUAUUCCUUAUCUCGAUGGGUUGAAGGAUGGAUUAGGCAUCCGUUACGAACUGAGCGCAACUGUAGUCCUUUACAGCUUUAUAUCAGAGGUAUGCGUUGGGAUCACAUUGCAGUCCCUCAACCAGAGGACACCAACUGGGAUCUUUAUGGCAUUGACUGGACUGGUCCUGUACCUACAGAGAAUGAAAUAACGGCAACCACAGUUGACGUGCCAGACACAAAUUUGCCUGUUACUGAGGAAUUAAGAAAUGAACUGAAUGAAAGGUUGACUGAAAUAAACAAUGGCAAUGAUUUUGUUGAGCAAUACUACGUAGUGAGAGAUUGUGUUAGACAAAUGGCUACAUACUAG